ACAAGCAUUGCAAUUUUUGUUUUGACAUUUGGGAAUAUAAGAAUGUCUUCACAUUCAGCAACCAAAAUUGAUCAAAAAGAAUAUCUUAAACGUUACCUGUCCGGUGAUAAGGUCAAGAAAAAGAAGAAAGAUAAGAAAAGUAAAAAGUCCAAAGACUCGGCGGCGGCUACGGUUAAAAUAAUAGACGAUGAUUUGGUGGAUGCUGAAAAUGGUCUAAAAAUUGACGAGGAACUAUUGCUGACUGGUGAAGAUGCUCCCCAAAUUGUUGGCGAAUACACGGAGGACAUACACAAUGCUGUAAAAAAUGUACCCAAAUGGAAAAGCAUAGUCAUAAAAGAUGAACCAGAAGAUGAAAAUGGCAGUAGAGGUGGUUCAUCCGCCUUGAAGGAAGAAGACUUAUGGGGUCGCAAGGCCUCUGAGAUUAGAAUAAAACAGGAGGUCAACAUUAAAAGGGAAAAGAAAUCGCCGGACAAUUCACCACCCAGAAAGAAAGAGAAGAAAAAACAGUCCAAACGUAGUCCAAGCAAUUCACCACCAAGCAAAAGAAACAAAUCACCAUCGCCAAGGGGAAGAAGAAAAUCAUCGGAGUCGCCCAGAAGAAGCAAACGUAGCUCGUCAUCAGAUCCAUCGCCACCAAGAAGGUCACGUAAGCAGAAAUCGCCUGAAACUAAAUCCAGGCGACAUGAACGUUCGAUGGAUAAUAGUCCUCCUAGAGGUAACCCAAGAAAUCGCAGGUCGCCAGUUCAAUCACCAGCAAGAACAAGUCGCAAAACACCAAACCAAUCUCCCCCAAGAACAAGCCGUAGAUCACCAGACCAAUCACCUCCAAGAAGAAGACGCAAAUCUUUAGAUCAAUCACCGCCAAGACAAAGAAGAAAUUCUGAUAGUUCAUCUCCUAGAAGAGCAAGAAAAUCACCUAGGCAAUCACCACCAAGAAGAAGAAGGAGAAAUAGUUCCUCAGAUAAUUCCCCACCACGUAGAAAAAGAAGAGAUUCUGAUCAAUCACCUCCACGAAAAGGCGGCAAAAGGUCAGCUGACAAUUCUCCAAUACGCAGAAGAAGGGACUCUGAUCAAUCACCUCCAAGAAAAGGUGGCAAGAGAUCACCAGAUAAUUCUCCACCACGCAGAAGAAGGGACUCUGAUCAAUCACCUCCAAGAAAAAGUAGAAGGUCACCUACCCCUCCGCGCAAGAGAAGAGAUUCUGAUCAAUCACCUCCCAGAAAAGGUAGAAGAUCCCCAGAUAAUUCCCCACCACGCAGAAGAAAAGACUAUGAUCAAUCACCAGCUAGAAGCCGCAAGGACAAAAUGUCACCCGUCAGAAAACCUAGAAGAAAUUCUUCUGAUCAAUCUCCACCCAGGCGAAAAGACAUAGUAAACAGAGAAACAUCACCACCACAGCGUUCCAUAAAAAGAGAAAAAAUGUCUCCCCCUUCACCUUCACCAACACCACAAAGAAAAUCUCGCUGGGAAAAAACCUCCAGUGAUUCACCACCACCCACCCAUAAGCCUAAAACCACCAAAACACUGGAUGGCAAAAAGGCCGGCCUACAAGAUGCCCAGGCUCUUAAAACCGAAAGCAAUGCUCGACGCCAAAAGGAGGAUGCUCUAUUUGAGAAAAUGUCCACUGAAAUAUCUGGACGUGAUGCUGAAAUUCGGGUGCGCAAAACUGGCAGGGAGGGCCGCAGAGCUCGUGAGGCACGCGAAGAAGAUCCCGAGGAAAGAAGACGCAAAGAGGAAAAUGAUAAGAAACGCAAAGAGCAUUACGAACGUUUGGGCAAGGGCCUCAAACAGCUGGAAGACUAUAAGAAUCGUAAAGCCGAAAUGGAAUAUGAAGCCAGUAAACCUUUGGCCCGUCUUGCCAACGAUGAAGAUCUUGAGCGUUAUCUGAAGGAACAGGAGCGAGCAGAAGAUCCCAUGCUGGAGUAUAUGCGACAAAAACGUAAAGAAAAGGAAAAGCAAUCGAAUGAACCCAAAAAGCCCAUCUAUGAGGGACCCUACCCGGAAAAUCGUUUUGGCAUACGACCUGGCUAUCGAUGGGAUGGUGUGGAUCGUUCCAAUGGCUACGAAAAGAAAUGGUUUGAUAAACAAAACGAACGAAGAGCUAGACAAGAUGAAGCCUAUCAGUAUAGUGUUGAAGAUAUGUAAAUUAGAAAUGCUUGAGCUCAGCUGCCGUUUGUUUUACUCACAAAAAGGGAGUAUGACUGUGAAAUAAAUUUUUAAUUUUUUUUUAUGUAC